UACGGAGGAUUUGGAGAAGUUUACUUGUGCUACCAUGCAACCCUCGGCCAGGUGGUGUUGAAGACAGUGUACACAGGCCCUGUUCGCAGCGAGUGAGUUCUCCGUGUAGCUUCUGGCUUGCUGGGUAUUCCCAUUUGUUUUGGUCACCAGCAGGCUCAGCCAGACGUUUUAACAAUUUUACACCUUUGAUUGGACAUAGAACAUCAGUUUACUUUCACUAGGACUGUUGAUUGUUUAAAAUAAUAACUGUGUAAGCCUAUUUGGUAUUAGAGAAAAGUGUGCCUAUGAUGUUCAGGAUGUGCGUUAUGAAGAAGCAUGCACUAAUUCCUUUUUCUGGGCACUUCCUAGUUCGUCAGAAAUGCGGAUGUAGGAUCAACAUCCGGUUCAGGGCGGAUGAGUCCAGCAACGGAUUAUGUGACAAUGGACCCAUGGGCACAGACAUACUCGUGCAUUGUGUUAAUGUUGAUGUUUUGAGUCACUUUUUCGUUUUUGCUUUUAUUUUACUUGGUUUAUGUUCAUUUAAUCAGUCGUUCUGUAUCUGUUUGUAGUUCUGCGUUAUUCCGUAUAUAUUUGCAGUUGUUUUGCUGUGUUUGGGGACUUUUCUGUCCUUUUACUUUGUAUUUCUCUGGAUUUGUUUUACAUCGGUUUUGGCAGUAAUACAUUAAUUGCUGUGGUACUAAAAACUGAUUCAUCUUGGCUGAAUGAUGGGAACUGAUAGCAGAAACACUAACUUCUAUAAGGAAAUUGAGAAAGAAUUUAAUGGGGAUCAUUCCCAUCAAGUCAGAUAUAUGGUCUACUUAAAAAAGUAUUAGCAUAUUGGGGAGAGUAAAAGGUCACUGCUGGAGGAGGGGAACAUCAUGGCAAGCUUGAACCACGAACGAGUUGUCAAAUUGCUGGGCGUAAUCAUGGAGGAUAGAGACUGUUCACUCGUCAUGGAGCUCAUACCCAGAGGCAACCUAUUAGUCAUGCUAGAGGCGGUGUGUGUGCCAGUGUCCAUUAAGGGCAGAAUCAUUGUAGAGAUUUUGGAAGGGAUGGUGUACCUCACAGAGCGACGCAUCAUACAUAAGGACAUCAAGCCUGAAAACAUCUUGGUGGACAAGGAUUUUCACAUCAAGAUUGCAGACCUGGGCCUGGCCACCUGCCAGACAUGGAGCAGACUGACAAAGCAGGAGUCUUGCAGGAAGAUAAGUAUGGGGCAAUCAGCUAAGCAGAGAGGUGCCGGCACACUGAGCUACAUGGCUCCUGAGCAUCUGGAGAGUAUACAUACACCCUCCACCGAGAAGUCAGAUGUCUACAGCUUUGCAAUUGUAGUCUGGGUCAUUCUCACUGGAAAAGAGCCUUAUGCAAAUGCCAGGAAUGACGACCACAUCAGCCAGUGCGUUCGUAAGGGUGACCGACCAGCAGAGGACCUCAUUCCAGAGGACACACCUGCAGAGAUAAUUCAUCUGAUGAAGAGGUGCUGGAAUCACAAUCCGCUGCAACGACCAACAUUUCAUGAGGCCUACAACAGUUUUCUUCCUUUCUACACAGAAAAGCUAGAACCAUGUGUAGAAGAAGAUUUAGUUCAUCUGAGGAAGUCAUAUGAAGGCCCAGAUGAACUUGUUGAGAAGAUGGAAUUAUUAUCAGUGACACAUGAAGAUUGUCCAGCUCCUUUGGUGAGUUCAGAUAGAAGUGUGCCAGUUGAAGCCAGUAUUGAGGACCUGCAUGGUAUCAAUAACGGGCCACUUAUGGGGUCUAUUCAGCCAGAUGCAAAGAAAUCUAACAGCCCUUCAGCUUUGGAUGAGAAACUGCAUCGGGAGCUUCAGUACCACAAAUAUGGUACCUAUAACUGUGAGCACCUUGACACCUCCAACAGCCCCGAUCAAAAGAACUCUAAUCCUUUCCUGCAAAACAACUUCAGCACUUCGGAUCACACUGUAAGGCAACCAGAACCAGGCAAGCCCACUUCUGUAUCCUCUGUCCAUUCCUGGACAAAGGCUGAGCCGGUGCAACCCGCCACCAACCAAGAGAUUUGGAAUGAACCUGCUGCUGAGCCCAUGAACUCUUACUUACCUACUUCAUUCCACAUGCCAGUGUCUACCAGCUUCCCAUCUCUGUCACAGUUAAACCAGCUACAUCCACAUUCCCACUAUGACCGGCAGGAGUCCUGGCCAGUGUCUGAUAUGUUUACUGCUGACAUCACUCUUGGGCGUUUAUUGACCCCUUCCAAAAGUGGCUCACUACAAGAUCAAGGAUCUUUCUACAUUCAGAAUGCCACUGGGAUCCAGAUUGGGAACAACAAUAUGAUGAGUAUCAGAGGUUAUGAGCUCUCCCCUAAUUUUGUAUCUGUACCUACUAAUUCUUUCAUCAAAGAAGGCCUUCAGAAAUAUGAGGACUAUCAUGUGACUGAGGAGCACCUGGAUCUAGUAAAGGACAACCUAGGGUCCAAGUGGAAGCAAUGUGCACGCCGCCUGAAUCUGAGCGACGUGGAAAUACAGACCAUAGAGCACGACAACUGUCGUGACGGCCUGUCAGAGAUGGUGCACCAGAUGCUGGAGCACUGGAAAAUGAAGGAGGGAAGUUUUGGCUGUACAGUUGGGAAGCUUUGUCGAGCUCUGGAUGGAUACAUAAAGGUAGAUGUCAUCCAGAGAAUACUGGACAGUUGCAAUUGUCCUUCCCCAAUCUCAUGAACUUUUUUUUUUUUACUUGACACAUUUGCAUCAUUCCCCCUAAAUAACUUUUUGCCUAUGAUGAACCACGUUUUCUGGAUUGGUUGCUAUAGUUAAAGGGUCCGUUCAAGCAAAAUUACACAAAAACACUUGGUUUUCUGUGUCCUGGUACAGUACAUUAUACCAGGAGUUUGAAAUAUUAUCUUGGUUUAUAGUAGAGGUGAAGGGGAUGGUGUUUGUCAAAUUAUUGGAAAAAAAGACUGCUCAAUUCAAAUAUAUUUUUCAGAAAUAUAUCAUGGUUGCAUGACAUGAUAACCACAGAGCUUGCUGUUGACAAUCAUGAAAUUUGUUCCAUAGGAAAAUGGUCCUUUGCAGCUAACUGGGCACUCUGGUAGUUACCUACUAUGAUAAAAUGAUUAUGUUGCCUUAGAUUAUCAUUGUACUAUAGAGGGAAUUCAUAUUGUGAGAGUUCGGGUUCUUCUGAUCAGGAAAUUUUAAAAUCAUUGUUCAUUUUGUAAUGUACUGGAAAGUAAUAAUGCCUUGAUUUUUUUUUUUUUGUAUGAAUGUUGUCCACUAUGUUUUUCAAAAAUUGCACCGCGUGCUGGAAUUAAAGAAAAGCUAUUGAGAUUGUACAUGGUUAUUAUAGCUUCAGAAAUUAGCUAUUUUUUAAGGUCAGUCAACUGGUGUGUGGUGAACAUUUAUGUUUGGCUGGAAUAAACAUGGCUCCAGUCGCAAAACAGGUAAGGUAAUAAGAUAAACGGUAUGUUUGACAUGAAAGGAUAUCACAUCGUCUUGAAGUCAGUGAGCUGCUGUCCUGUAGUGUGUCGGGCAUUUGUAUUGUGAAGUAUUUUUUCGCACCAAGGAUGAUUUUAUUCUGGAGAUGUGUUCGUGUUUUUUUCGUUUUCAUUAUAAAACUACAAAGGUUCUUGCAGUGUUGAUAAUGCUCACAGCAGUAUCAUAAAUAAAACUUCCCUCCACAAUUCCUUAAGCCAUACCAAACCUGUAUUUACAAAAAUAAAAUAAA